AUGAAGUCUUGGAGCAGCGCAAUGCCUAACCUUGGAGCUGUCCUUAGCUGCCGUUGAUGCAGAAAAAGCGAAGUCUGGAGCCGCGCGUGAGUUCCUUUUUUGGCCUUCUCCUGGCAGGAGUGGAAGGCACGCCGCCCUGCGGCCCGCGGCGGCCGGCCCGGGGGAUGAGAGGCUGGCGAGGUGGCCAUUGGCUGCGGGGCUGGGGAGCCUCUUCCUCGGCUCCUCCCGGCCUCUCCCGCAAGGACAGUCGCCGGUUCACGCCUUAGCAUGGAAGGAGCUCAUCCCGGGAGGAAAAUGCAGCCGGGUCAUGAUGAAGAAGCUGUUGUGGAUAUGGGCAAAAUCAGCUCUACUAUCAAUACAAACUUUGAGAAAGAAGAACUAGAGAGCCACAGAGCUGUGUAUAUUGGAGUUCACGUGCCAUUUGGAAAGCAGGGCCGUCGACGGCAUAGACAUCGUGGGCACAGGCAUCACAGAAGAAAAAAAGAAAAAGAAACUGAUAGAGAGGAUGGCCGAGAAUCUCCAUCAUAUGACACGCCGUCCCAACGAGUGCAAUUUAUCCUGGGUACUGAAGAUGAUGAUGAACACAUUCCCCAUGAUCUCUUCACUGAAAUGGAUGAACUUUGCUUCAGGGAUGGAGAGGAAUAUGAAUGGAAAGAAACUGCUCGGUGGCUAAAAUUUGAAGAGGAUGUUGAAGAUGGAGGAGAUCGAUGGAGCAAACCUUAUGUAGCAACUCUAUCUCUACACAGUCUCUUUGAACUACGAAGCUGUAUUCUUAAUGGGACGGUCAUGUUGGACAUGAGAGCAAACACACUAGAUGAGAUAGCAGAUAUGGUUUUGGACAACAUGAUUGCUUCUGGCCAGCUGGAUGAAUCCAUAAGGGAGAAUGUGAGAGAGGCUCUUUUAAAAAGGCACCAUCAUCAGAAUGAGAAAAAAUUCAGCAAUCGGAUUCCCCUGGUUCGGUCUUUUGCAGAUAUAGGCAAGAAACAUUCUGACCCUCACUUGCUUGAACGAAAUGGGGAAGGCCUUUCAGCCUCCCGCCACUCUUUGCGAACAGGUCUCUCUGCCUCAAAUAUUUCCCUGAGAGGAGAAAACCGUUUGUCUGUUCUUCUCAAUUACCUUCUUCCUUCUUCAAGAGCUGGAACCCCGGCAACCUCAAGGUGUACAACCCCUGUAACUACCCCUCAAAACACACCACCCUCCAGUCCUACCUGCAGCCACCUGCCAACCACAAGUGCCCAGCCAAGUUCACUUCAGGGCAAGGAAUUGCUGGUGUCCUCUGCCAGUGAUGAUAUUCCUUCAGUAAUUAUCCAUCCACCUGAGGAGGACUUAGAAGUUCAGGACAGCCAGGAAAAGAAGACAGAGGAAAAUAUUGACAAAACACCAGGGUUAUUAGCAUCUCCACAAUCAGCACCUGGAAAUUUAGACAAUGGGAAGAGUGGAGAUGUUAAAGGUACUGGGACAGGCGGAAGCAGAGAAAACAGUACUGUUGAUUUUAGUAAGGUUGACAUGAACUUCAUGAGGAAAAUUCCUUCAGGAGCAGAAGCAUCAAAUGUGUUAGUGGGAGAAGUAGAUUUUUUAGAAAGACCUAUUAUUGCUUUUGUGAGGCUCUCCCCUGCUGUGCUUCUCUCAGGUCUCACAGAGGUUCCAGUUCCUACACGGUUUUUGUUUUUGUUGCUGGGACCAGCUGGCAAAGCUCCACAGUACCAUGAAAUUGGAAGAUCGAUAGCAACACUGAUGACAGAUGAUGUUUUCCACGAUGUUGCCUAUAAAGCAAAAGACCGAAAUGAUUUGUUAUCAGGAAUUGAUGAAUUUUUAGACCAAGUGACAGUCCUACCUCCAGGAGAAUGGGAUCCAUCCAUACGAAUUGAGCCACCAAAAAGUGUUCCUUCCCAGGAGAAAAGAAAGAUACCUAAGUUUCCAAAUGGAUCUACUCCUACAGGAGAGACUCUUAAAGAAGAAGGCCAUCAUGCUGGACCCGAACUUGAGAGAACUGGAAGGCUUUUUGGUGGUUUGAUACUUGACAUCAAAAGGAAAGCACCUUUUUUCUUGAGUGACUUCAAGGAUGCAUUAAGCCUGCAGUGCCUGGCCUCGAUUCUUUUCCUAUACUGUGCCUGUAUGUCUCCUGUAAUCACUUUUGGAGGGCUCCUGGGAGAAGCUACACAAGGCAGAAUAAGUGCAAUAGAAUCUCUCUUUGGAGCCUCGUUAACUGGGAUUGCCUAUUCUCUCUUUGCUGGGCAACCUCUUACUAUUUUGGGGAGCACCGGACCAGUUCUAGUAUUUGAAAAAAUAUUAUUUAAAUUUUGCAGGGAUUAUGAGCUUUCCUACCUCUCCCUACGAACUAGCAUUGGUCUGUGGACUGCAUUUUUAUGCAUAGUGCUUGUAGCAACAGAUGCCAGCAGCCUUGUCUGUUACAUCACUCGAUUUACAGAGGAAGCUUUUGCAGCACUUAUAUGCAUCAUAUUUAUUUAUGAGGCAUUGGAAAAGCUUUUUCAUCUGGGAGAAAAAUAUGCCUUCAAUAUGCACAAUAAUUUGGAUAAACUGACUUUAUAUUCAUGUGUGUGCGCUGAGCCUCAGAACCCCAGCAACGAAACGUUGCGGAUUUGGGGGAAUAUGAAUAAGUCUGCGGAAACUAUUGUAUGGAGUAAUCUUACAGUAUCUGAAUGUUUAGAAUUUCAUGGUGUGUUUCAUGGAUCAGCUUGUGGCCAUCAUGGACCAUAUAUUCCAGAUGUUCUCUUCUGGUCUGUCAUAUUAUUCUUUACAACGUUUUUCCUCUCCUCUUUCCUUAAGCAAUUCAAGACCAAACGCUAUUUCCCAACUAAGGUGCGUUCUACCAUCAGUGACUUUGCAGUAUUUCUGACCAUCGUAAUCAUGGUUUUGAUUGACUAUCUUGUAGGAGUACCUUCUCCUAAGCUUCAUGUUCCAGAGAAAUUUGAACCCACAAGAAAAGACCGAGGAUGGUUCAUAGAUCCUCUUGGAGGCAAUCCUUGGUGGACACUGCUGAUAGCUGCGGUUCCUGCUUUACUCUGUACCAUUCUCAUUUUCAUGGAUCAACAAAUAACAGCUGUUAUUAUAAACAGAAAAGAGCAUAAACUGAAGAAAGGCUGUGGUUAUCAUCUUGAUCUGUUCAUGGUUGGUGUUAUGUUGGGUGUAUGUUCUAUCAUGGGUUUACCAUGGUUUGUCGCAGCAACUGUCCUGUCUAUAAGUCAUGUUAACAGCCUGAAAGUUGAAUCUGAAUGCUCUGCACCAGGAGAGCAACCAAAGUUUUUGGGAAUCCGGGAGCAGCGAGUGACAGGAUUGAUGAUUUUUGUCCUGAUGGGUCUUUCAGUGUUCAUGACCUCUGUGUUAAAGUUCAUUCCAAUGCCAGUUUUGUAUGGUGUCUUUCUUUACAUGGGAGUUUCUUCAUUAAAAGGCAUUCAGUUUUUUGACCGUAUAAAACUUUUUGGAAUGCCUGCCAAACAUCAACCUGACCUGAUAUAUCUACGUUAUGUACCACUCUGGAAGGUCCAUAUCUUUACAGUUAUUCAGCUCACUUGUCUUGUUCUGUUGUGGGUGAUUAAAGCCUCUGCAGCUGCUGUUGUUUUCCCUAUGAUGGUUCUAGCAUUAGUGUUCAUUCGCAAGCUCAUGGAUUUAUGUUUCACCAAAAGAGAACUUAGCUGGCUAGAUGAUCUUAUGCCAGAAAGUAAAAAGAAGAAAGAAGAUGACAAAAAGAAAAAAGAGAAAGCAGAAGCAGAGAGAAUGCUUCAGACAGGGGACAAUGAAAGUGUACACCUUCAAUACGGCGAAGGAAAUGUCUUGAAUUUUCCCGUAAAAACCCUAAAAUACAGAUCAGAUGACUCAAUUUCAACCAGCUGUACUCAAGGUGAAGAAGCUUCCUUGCCCUGAGAAGCCGGAAAGUGUGAAAAUAAAUGUAGAAGAUGCACCUGUUGUGAAAUACGUGGAUGCUGAAACAUCUUUAUAGAACUGAACCAAGGGGAAUUAAUUGUGUGUAUUUGUGCGUGUGUAUAUAUCACUGUAGGGUAUUACACCAUUGAAGUGUGAUUUCCAACUUAAGUAAUAUGUAUUUAAUUCUGCCAUUGUUUAGGGCACUGUAGAUAUGCUUACAUAAGGAGAAGAUUUUCCUACAAGUCAGAUGAGUGGUAAUCACACUUGAGCUAUUUAUUUUAUCGGAAAUUUUAUUUUCAUUUUUAAAUAGGAAGAUUGUAAUGAAUGCAUAUUAUUUUCAAUAAUCAGUAUAUGCAUAAAAGUUAAAUCAGCUUUUGCUGAUGAUUACUGGUCCACAUUGCUUAGAAUUUUGCAAUACCUCUGUUUAUAAUGUGCGCAACGGAAGUUUGUUUUCUGUGCAGGAAAUUACUGCUUGUUUUUGCAGGGUAUAUUUUUUUAUGUGAUUUCAUAGAUCAAUUAUUAAUGUGCUGUUAACAUGAACUACUGUGUUUUAUGUCUCCACUACAUGCUAAUGUUAUUUGGAUUCUGUCACUCAUAUUUUACAAACAUGGCCUAGAGUCCUAAGUCAGGUGGCUAAUUAAUCCUUAAAAUAUAUGUAAAUACUCUGUUCUGCUACUAUUUUUUUAAAUACACUCUUGAUUUUUCAUUGUCAUUCAGUAGCAGUAUGAGUGCAGUAACUGUAGUUACAAUCCCAAGUCAGUAUUUGCCAUUCUGGAAACUCCAUGUUUACACAAUAUAAAUUGGAUUUACAGACAGCAAUUUGGUCUAUAGGAAGUUAUACAUACUUGCUACGCUAGCACUCUUGAAUUGUUUUCCUGUUUUUACGUUUUCCACUGACUUUGAAAACCUGAUAUACUCAGCUGUAAGACUGACACUUGAGAGUAUUUCUUGUCCUCAUCAAAAUCUUUUUCUUACUUAAUUCAUUUUAAAUUUCACUGUGUAUUUGAUUAAAUUUGCCAUGGUUUAGUUCUGUUAUAGUUUAUGAUCAGUAUUAUUUUAUGAAUUACAAAUUGCUUGUGGUAUUUGCUUGUACAGUUCUGAUCUCCUCCAUUGUAAGGGGCAUAUAUGAUAGCACACCAACUUAAUUUUAAACAUUUUAUUUAUUUUAAUUAGUAUAAAAUUUUAUCAUGUUAGAAGAAUUGAAAAAAUAAAUAUUCAUUUAUUAAAGUAAACGGGAUUUUGGGGGGCUCACUGAUUAAAAAAAAAUGUAGUCAGUGCAUUUUAUUGUACUUAUUUUCAAGGUCUAGUGUUUAGCAUUACAAUAUCUCAAACGAGAAUUUAUGUGUAAAUGAAAAUCUUGAUUGCUUACCUGCUGCAGUGUCCAUUAUUUUUUUUUUUUCUUUUUGCCUUAUGCCUUAGUUUCUUGACUUUAUUUCCUGAAAUGUUCUAUUUUCUGAAGUGAUACCAGCCCUUUUUGGAUGUAUUACAAUGGCUUUAAUUGGGAUCUGUGCGAAUUUCAAACCGAGAAUAUGGCUGUUCGCUUAAUUCUGCUUUUAGCAAAAUUGGGAGUUUUACCAUGGACUGCAUGGUAGAAUUCUCAACAAAAGCAAAAGGAGAAGAUUUUGGAGGAGGGCAGAGUUCAUAUGAAAACACCACUUGAGGUGGAAUUCUGGUGCUCUUCAGAGAAGUGACACUUGGACAGAGAAGAUGAUUGUAUAUUACAAAAUGAACCAAUCAGUGAGAAUAAACGGAAAUAUUUAAAAUCAGCUAAGUUACACGCACUGUUACCUUUUGCUUUACAUAUAAUGUAGUUGUUUUUGUUGUUGUUUGUGUUCCAUUUGGCUGAAUUGAUAAGGCAGUUUACUAAAAAUCAUAACGUACAGCAAUAUGAGUAGUCCUACCCAAACUGUCAUGGUGAAGGUUCAGGUCAGGGAAAAAAAACACAAGUGAGGUCUGCAUUACCAAAUUGACUAAUACUGUGUAUGGUCUAUAUUGAUGGUCCUUUUUCCUUACAUAGCAGUGUAGCUUGUGCCUUACCUUGAGUAUGUGUUCUUUGAGAAAAUACCUAUGUUUUCCCUCUAGUCAAAUUGAGAUGCAACUAAACUAUGGCAGAAGGUUUUCCAAAACUUUAGCAUUAUCAAAAAGAAAAAAAAGUAAGCCUCAGUUGUUGACAGUUGGUUCCUAGUGAAUCAAAGAGGGAAAAUACUAUUUUGAGCAGUUUACAUAGUGUUAUCCACAGUACAUUACUCAUGUACAAGUCUUCCCGUUAGUAUUUUAUGCUUCAUGUUCACAGCCCUACAAUGAUUUCCAAAGACCUCCCCCCUCCC